AUGUACAGAGCUGAAGGAAUUGGUGGAGGAGAAUACAAAGGCUCUCCAUGCUUUGAAAAAAGCUGACGAGCCUGCGCCGGUGGGGAAUUACAGCCAGAGGAAGGAAGAGGAAGAAAAGCUGUUGCUGAGACUCUCCCAGCAGCUGCAGAAACUCCUUCUUGUCUUGGAUCAGGAUAAUGUGACAAGAAAUUAUCCAGGGGGUGAGGAACACCAGAAAGGCUCUCAUGCAGAAGAGGGAAAUGAAGAAGAGGAGGAGAGUGAAGAUGAAGAAAGUGAGGAGGAAGACACUGAAGAAGAAGAUGAUGAAGAGAAGUUGUUGGAUGAUCCAAAUGUUAGAGAAUGUGUUGCUGUUGGGAACUUUGAUGCCCAGCAGGAAGGGGAUCUCACAUUUGUGAAAGGUGAAACCCUGCUCAUACAUGACAAGAAGGAGGAUGGCUGGUGGGUAGCUGAAAAUUCCAAGGGGGAGAGAGGCCUCGUUCCCAGGACCUACCUUGCGGUUCCUAAGGAAGAGGAAGAAAGCCAGGAGGAGUCAGAACACAUAGAAGUGAUGGAUGAAACAGCAGAUGGAGCUGAAAUUAAAAAAAGAACAGAUUCCCACUGGAGUGCUGUCCGAGCCAUUGUAGAGAAUGACACAGUGGAGGUGCUGACCACCACAGGGGCAGUUCCUGCAGGGUUUCGCCCAUCCAUGCUGUUCCAGCUCCUGGAGGAAGGUGAAGAAUUUCGAGCAAGUUACUACUUGCAACCCAAGCUUACUCCAUCCCAGCUGGCUUUCAAAGACCUGGUGUGGAACUCUGAGAGAAAUACUAUCCAUCCUAGAGCCACCAGAGUGUCCCUGAUUGUCACUUUGUGCAGCUGCAAGAUGAUCCCUCCCCCUGGGAGCGGCGUGCGCGUCCUCAGCCGGCACGUCCGGCUCUGCCUCUUCGAUGGCAGCCGGGUGCUGAGUAACAUUCACACAGUGAGAGCCACGUGGCUGCCUAAAAAUCCUCAAACUUGGACCUUUUCUCCAAGGGUGAUGGGUAUCUUACCCAGCUUGCUUGAUGGUGACUGUUUUGUCAGGUCCAACUCCCUGUCUGCAGACAUUGGGAUCUUGUUUGAGCUUGGCAUCACGUACAAGUGCAAUUCAACAGGUGAAAGAGGAGAGCUGAGCUGUGGCUGGGCCUUUCUGAAGCUUUUCACUUCCAGUGGGAUUCCUAUUCCUUCCAAGAUGCAUGAGCUGGUCCUGAGUGGUGGAACUCCCUAUGAGAGAGGUGUUGAGGUUGACCCAUCAAUAUCGAGGAGAGCAGGCUCCGGGGUUUUUCAGCAGUUCAUGAGCCUCAGGAAGCAGCCUGUGCUUCUGGUGAAGGUGAAGUCACCGAGUGUGCACUCGAAAGACAUCCUGAAUUUUCUCCCUGAAACAUUAGUUGGGGGCAUGUGCUACAUCCACCUCCUGGUGUUUUAUCGGCAAAUCCUUGGAGAUGCCCUCCUGAAGGACAGGACAAGCAUGCAGAGCACAGACUUAAUCUGUAAUCCUGUGUUAGCAACUUUCCCUCAACUCCUGGAUCAGCCAGACCUGAUGGAUGCACUUCGGAGUGCCUGGGCUGAGAAAGAAAGAACAUUGAAGAGAAUUGAGAAGAGAGAUCAAGAAUUCCUGAAGGAUGCAUUUGUCCUGGUGUACCACGACUCUGUGUUCCCUCUGCUCUGCUCCACGUCCCUCCCCAGCUACAGAUGGGCUGAGGAGGAGGUGGAAUUGUCUCGCUGGAAGGUGAUCCAUGACUUCCUGAAGAGGAGCCAGGAGAGAGAUGGUGCCCUGGAGUACCUGCUGUCAUCAGAAAACACCCACAGAGCCUUUGACAUCUCAGAGCUGGCCUAUGAUUUCUUAGGAGAAGUGAGGAAAAACAAUCCUGGAGAAUGAAAAAAUCAAGCUCUCUAAGGACAUGGUAAAAAUAAAAUUAAAUUCUUACCAAAGAGAUUGUGCAGAAGCUGAAUUGUAAUGGAUAUUUUAGUGCAAUUAGGAUUUUGAAGAGAUUAAAAAUAUUUUAUCUGUUUAUCUAC